AUGGGUUCGUUGUUCCGAAGUGAAGAGAUGUGUUUGGCCCAGCUGUUUCUGCAGUCUGGAUCGGCAUACGACUGCAUUAGCGAACUGGGAGAAAUGGGUCUGGUGGAAUUCAGAGACGUAAGUAACUUACUGAUUGCUCCCCAAAUAAACAGUCUCAUCUAGCUAGCGCAGGUGUGAAAGUUAAUCUCUCAUUGAUGGUACAGUUGUAUUGUGAGCUGUCAGACAUGAUCAGGUAGGUAGAAUGUUGCCCGUCCCGACCUUGCCCUUGAUCACGACUCUCAGUUCCAGGCAUACAUUACACAAGAGUCAUUGGAUGAAGGGGUCUUCUGUAGGGGGGAGAUCCCUGACGCUCAGUCUGAACAUUAACAUGCACCAUUCAGGAUUCUUUCUCGCCGAUGAAAGAUAAGGGCCAUAUAUUUCGAAAGCGGUAUCGCAAGCAAUGAUUAUUGACGUUUCUAAAUGUUAAAACACAGCGUGGGGAUUGUAGUUCACAUGAGGCAGUCAUGGGCGAAGCUAAUGCCUAAUAACUGUAGGGCAGAAUGCCGCCUAAAGUUUGAGAGCUAGGGAGUUCCUAACACAAGACCUGAUAAGUUAGCUUGUUUCCCAACUCUGGUCCUCGAGUACCCCCAACAGCACACAUUUUUGUUGUAGCCCCUGACAGAAACACCUGAUUCAACUCAUUGUUGGGAGUACUUGAGGAGUGGAGUCUUGUCUAACGUAGUCUGAUUAAUAAUUUUUACAUUUUAGUCAUUUUAGCAGACGCUCUUAUCCAGAGCGACUUACAGUUAGUGAGUGCAUACAUGUUUUUUUUUUUUUAUACUGGCCCCCCGUGGGAAUCGAACCCACAACCCUGAUUUUGGAGAUCAUUUGCAAAAUCGAGUCAAUAUCAGCUUAGACAGGUGUGUGUUCAUGGUGACAGUAAAAAUGUGGCACUGCUCCUACCGUUUCAGCUCAACCCCAGCGUAAACCUAUUCCAGCGGAAGUUUGUCACUGAGUUAAAACGAUGUGAGGAAAUGGAGAGAAUUCUAGGUAAGGAUAAAACCGUUUGGUUUAAUCAUAACUUAAAAGCAGGGGUGAAAGUACAUUUAAUUUCUUACGGUACUGGACUCCCUAUGUGUGUGCGUGCACAUCAUUUUUUAUUUAUAGCCUAGGUGUAAUCAUAGAAUUGCAUAUAGAAUCCCUAUGCAUUUCAUAUGAUCUCUGUGGGCUAAGUAAAGAAUUGUCAUAUAACUUUUAACAUGUAUGACCUUUUAAUGUGGCAUAAACACAACCACUCAGGAUGUGUUCAUCUGGUUGUCAAUCACUUCAAAAAGGCGCUCUUGUAGGCUACCCGCACAAGUUCUUCCACUCACAAAAUAAUUCCAGCGUCCAAACAGUGCACUGUGCACCCGCAAUUUGAUGAAUGGAAAUCACAUUCUGCCAUUAGGCCUACACUUGUAGCCCGAAAUGAUGCGUCCACUGCUGUCCGCGCGUCUCUGUCUUGGCCACUCAUCUCCGCCUUGGCAAAAUGUAAGUGUUCUCGUCAAACCACAACGCAAUUUGGAGCUGGUUUCAAGUCAAUUCGCUAAAUGUUCAUGCGGCUGACAUGCAGUAAUGUUAAAUAAGGGUGUUAUAGCCUAUAGUUUUCUUGGCAUUUUGUGUUAAUUAUUGUGGUAUGCUCACGUUUUAACGGUAUGGUGUACCCCCACUAUUUAUUUUGCAGGGCUGCUGUACCGGACCGUAUAGGUUUACUUUCACCCCUGUUUUAAAAGUGAUGGGCAUUGAUGCACUCCUGAAUAACUCAAUAACUUUCCCACAGUUGCUGUGCAAAUCCCAGUCUCUAUGACAAGACCACUGUACAGUUCUGAGAUACACUGUGCCCUGGCCAAUGAGACUCAUUAAAGGAAUCUAAACUCAGGCUUAAUUGGAGGCAGACGCUUGGAGAUUAAAUUUAGGCCCCCCCAAAAAGGAAAGUACAAGGAGUGUUGGGGAAGGUUUCUCAGAGGAAUGUGAGUUCCUGAGGGAAGAGAGAGAAUUAGUGUGAGGCAGAGUAGAGACUCUUAGAUGCAAUGAAAAACACUGUAUAGUUUUUAAAUGACAACAGAUUAAGCUUAUUGCUAUAGAUGUAUUAUUUGAAACAAAUAGAUUCAGUGACUGUUUGUGUGUUGUGUACUAAGACUUCAAAUCGACAUUUAUUGGUCACAUACACGUGCGUCUUUGACAGGGUACCUUCUAAGGGAAAUCAAGAGAGCAGACAUCCCACUUCCAGAGGGAGAAGUGAACCCGGUUGCACCCCUGCCCAAGCAUGUCCUGGUUAUAAUGGUUAGCUCUCUCUACCUGUCUCUCAUUCUCUAAAAUGUUAUGAAUCCUUUAUCAUAAGAAUGAAGUAUUUUAUUUGUCCCAAAUGGCACCAUAUACACUGAAAUAUAAACGCAACAUGUUAAGUGUUGGUUCAAUGUUUACAUCCCUGUUAGUGAGCAUUUCUCCUUUGCCAAGAUAAUCCAUCCACCUGACAGGUGUGGCAUAUCAACAAGCACAUUGUGCUGGGGACAAUAAAAGGCCACUCUAAAAUGUGAAGUUUUGUCACACAACACAAUGCCACAGAUGUCUCAAGGUUUGAAGGAGUGUGCAAUUGGAAUGUUGACUGCAGGAAUGUCCACCAGAGCUAUUGCCAGAUAAUUUAAUGUUAAUUUCUCUACCAUAAGCCGCCUCAAUGUCAUUUUAGAGAAUCUGACAGUACGUCCAACCGGCCUCACAACUGCAGACCACGUGUAACCGCCAGCCCAGGACCUCCACAUCUGGCUUCUUCACCUGCGGGAACGUCUGAGACCAGCCACCCGGACAGCUGAUGAAACUGUGGGUUUGCACAACCAAAGAAUUUCAGCACAAACUGUCAGAAACCGUCUCAGGGAAGCUCAUCUGCGUGCACAUCGUCCUUACCAGGGUCUUGACCUUACUGCAGUUCGGUGUCGUAACCGACUUCAGUGGGCAAAUGCUCACCUUCAAUGGCCAAUGGCACGCUGGAGAAGUGUGCUCUUCACGGAUGAAUCCUGGUUUGAACUGCACCAGGCAGAUGGCAGACCGCGUGUGCAUGGCAUCGUGUGGGCGAGUGGUUUGCUGAUGUCAACGUUGUGAACAGUGUGCCCCAUGGUGGUGGUGGGGUUAUGGUAUGAGCAGGAAUAAGCUACGGACAAUGAACACAAUUUAAUUUUAUCGAUGGCAAUUUGAAUGAACAGAGAUGAUCCUGAGGCCCAUUGUCGUGCCAUUCAUCCGCCGCCAUCACCUCAUGUUUCAGCAUGGUAAUGCACGGCCCCAUGUCGCAAGGAUCUAUACACAAUUCCUGGAAGCUGAAAAUGUCCCAGUUCUUCCAUGGCCUGCAUACUCACCAGACAUGUCACCCAUUGAGCAUGUUUGGAAUGCAAUGGAUCGACGUGUACGACCGCUUGUUCCCGCCAAUAUCCAGCAACUUCGCACAGCCAUUGAAGAGGAGUGGGACAACAUUCCACAGGCCACAAUCAACAGCCUGAUCAACUCUAUGUGACGGAGAUAUGUCUUGCUGCAUGAGGCAAAUGGGGGUCACUCCAGAUACUGACUGGUUUUCUGAUCCACACCCCUACCUUUUUUUAAGGUAUAUGUGACCAACAGGAUGCAUAUCUGUGAAAUCCAUAGAUUAGGGCCUAAUGAAUUUAUUAUAAUUGACUGAUUUCCUUAUAUGAACUGUAACUCAGUAAAGUCUUUGAAACUGUUGCAUGUUGUGUUUAUAUAUUUUUGUUCAGUGUAUUUACUAAAUGGAGAAUAGGGUGCCAUUUGGGACACAUCCCGUAUUGUCAUUGCUAAUUGACUCUGUAUGUAUGGCUGUCUCCAGGAGCAGUUGCAGAGGCUGGAGGUGGAGCUGAGUGAGGUGACCAGGAAUAAGGAGAAGCUACAGAAGAACCUUCUGGAGCUGACCGAGUACACACACAUGCUGCGUAUCACACGCAACUUUGUGCACCGCGGCACAGAAGUAAGUCCUGCAGCUGCUCCACAAAGCAGGAUCCCACUACUGUACAACACUCUGCCCUACUGUUUGACUUCAGAGCACUUGCUUUGGUAUGCUUGAGGAGACUGAAACUAUUUAGUAUCGCAUGAUUUGGCUUGGCUGCUUCCAUUGUGAGACUUUCUUUGCUCUUUCCUCCCCUCUAUAUAGGAGGUUUUGGGGGAUAAAUCUUGGAUUAGCCAAAACCAUGCUGCUUGUCUUUUACUCAUUCAUGCAUGGCCAAAAUGUUGCCCUUUUUCGAACAAUGUGUUAUGGGGGUGUAUGUGUUUUCUUUCAUGGUAUGUAUUUUGGUAUGCGUGUCCUUACACUGGGGAAAAUGUUAUUUUUCCCAGUGUGAGCCCCUGCAUGCCCAGUAUGAGGACUUCUCCUUCCUAGAGGACUCCAUGAUGGAGUUCACAAGCAUGCAGCGGCUAGGAGCCAAACUAGGGUAAGGGGCUAUCAGCAGACAUAUAGAGUUAUACACACUUGUGUGUAUGUGUGAUUGUUUACAGUAACACCCUGUUUCUCUCCCCUCCCCCUGCAGGUUUAUAUCAGGGCUGAUUCAGAGGGUGAAGAUAGAGGCCUUUGAGCGCAUGCUGUGGAGAGUGUGUAAGGGCUACACCAUUCUCAGCUACUCUGAAAUUGACGAGUAUUUGGAGGACCCUGACACGGUAGGUCAAUCUUGCUCUGUGUGAGAGAUAUUGUUAACCCUUUUCUACAGUAAGUGCUUGAGUGUGAAUGUAAAAUCUAAGAUAAAAGAAUAAGAUACUGUUUACCACAUAGCUAAAUAUAACAGCAUCUGUGUUGGGCCUGUGAGAAGUAAUAAUAAUAAUAUGCCAUUUAGCAGACGCUUUUAUCCAAAGCGACUUACAGUCAUGCGUGCAUACAUUUUUGUGUAUGGGUGGUCCCGGGGAUUGAACCCACUACCUUGGCGUUACAAGCGCCGUGCUCUACCAGCUGAGCUACAGAGGACCACAGAGCCUCUCACCUCUACCUUACUGUGUGUCUAUUCUAAACCACUUCCUGUUCUAUGGUUAUUGCAGGGUGAGCCAACUAAGAGUGUGGUGUUCCUCAUCUCCUAUUGGGGUGAGCAGAUCGGACAGAAAGUCAAGAAGAUCUGUGACUGGUAAUUAAAAUGCAUCUCCAAAUGACCUCCUGUUACACUUUCAGACUGAGGUCAUUCCCCAUCAAACCAUUAGGCCUAAUAUGUUGCCCCCAACAAGCUCUGAAGACGGUGGCUUUAACCUGUGUGAUAAUAACAUCAUAGAUCUCUAAAGAUAGAUUCCUAAAUGUAGUAAUCAGUGGUGAUUUGCCCCUCAGCUACCACUGUCACGUGUAUCCAUACCCUAACAGUAAUGAGGAGAGGAAUGACGUUGUGGAGGGACUCAGGACUCGCAUCCAGGACCUGCACACUGUAAGCUCUCUAAAACUCUUGUCAGCAACAAGAUAGUGGGUGAUGCUUUAUUUAUUUAUUGUUUUUAAAGGGCCAAUCCGGAGUUGAAAUGAUAACGAAGUUGCCUCCCCGUCUCUGUUUUGGUAAAAAGCUGAGGGAUGAGCCUGGAGAAAUGUAACCACUCUAAAAUGUAUAGAUGGAGCUAUGGAUGCAAGGACUGACCAUCCAAGAUAUACAAACUAUAGUUUUAAGCAUGUUUUGAGGCUUUACUGUGUUUGUUUACAUUUACAAUGUUUAAAACUGAUGGGGUAUGAGAGUUGAACUAAGCUCACAAGGCAUUUAUAAGUUAGUGUUUCCCCUAUAUCUAUUUAACAGCGGCAAUUAGAAUUGGAGGAAAUUCACUUUAAAACAGCAACAUUUUGCCAGUUAAAAUGUAAGCUAUCAACGGCUUACUGCUUAAGGUGUUCCUGCUGCUGGAUAUAGCUGUUGAAAUAUAUUGUGCUUGAUGAGGCAUUUUAACAAAGGAGGAUGUUGCAAGUCUUGUGACUUGAGCUGUUAAAGAUAAAAUACAAAAUGAAGCUUGGCUGUUAGUAAAGAAGUGCUGGAGGUAUCCCUCACAGAAUGGGCCUUGUGCUUCUGGCUAGAGCGAGGCAUGGACAGCGGGUGUUUAGAGUGAUUCAGAACAAGAAUUGGAAUGGAGUGUGAGGGGUAGAUUUCUCAGGAGCGAGAGAGGGCGAGCUCUCUCAGGCGCUAGAGCACAUGUCUGUCGUGAUCACUGUGGGGUCACAUGACUUAGCUUGUGCCUUGCUGUCUGGGAGACUGUUAAGAUCAAUCCUUUUGGAUGUUCUACCCCUGGAGGAAAAAAAUAAUUGCAUUAACCUCUGGUCCCAGCACAUGAUCUCCAUAAGGUCUUAGCUGAAGGCUCCCUCUUCUUUUUGUUUCUCGUAACACACACACACACACACACACACACACACACACACACUAAAACUACCAGCAUGCACACUCACAUUCCCUCCCUAGCAUGUGCAUUGGAAGAUUCUCUAUCCUGCACAGAACAUUCUUAGACAGUCAUUCAUAAUUUGCCCACACCCUCUUGAUAUUCUGAAUGGAUGGGAAACCCUCCCAUUAGUUAAAAUGUAAUACUAACCCUCUCCACACGCUGGCUGUCCCCAGGUUCUACACAGGACCGAGGACUACCUGAGACAGGUGUUGAACAAGGCCUCUGAGUCUGUCUACACCUGGGUCAUCCAGGUCAAGAAGAUGAAGGCCAUCUACCACAUCCUCAACCUGUGCAGCUUUGAUGUCACUAACAAGUGUCUGAUAGCCGAGGUGUGGUGCCCUGUCAACGACCUGCCGACCCUGCGGAGGGCGCUUGAGGAAGGCUCUGUGAGUCAGCUCUUUGUUACCAUGGCUCCCUAUGUAAAGUCACUGUUGGGCUUAACUCUUUAACCCCCCCCCUCCCCCUCUAAGUUCAGUAUUUGGCUAAACCAACACAGUCACACACCCAGUCAGCAUGACCUGCUUUUGUAAUGGGGUCAUGGUUUUUGUAGAAAGAGGGAAGUGGCAUUGAUCUUAUCUUGACCACCUCUGAUAAGAUCAAUAUGGUUUAAGCCAUAUUGAAUAAACUAGUCAAGGUCCAGUUGGGCUACCAGGAUUUCUGUCCAUUUAAUUAAUUGCACUGGCUAAUGUGCAUAAUUAAGGUCACAGUCAGUUCAAUGACAGCAGCCCAUGUCAGGGUUCUGCCAGGGGUUUUAGUCCGUUAAACAUGGCUUAAAUUAGGCUUAAAAAAACGAGGCUUAAACGGUGAAAAUGUAUUUGAAUGGUCUAAAAGUAUUUGAACUUACUAGCUAUUUGAUAAGAUGUAAAUUUUCUGUCUUAUCCUCUGGAAAAUAUAAAUGUUAUUGGCUUGCCCUCAAAAAACCUCUAUGUAACCUUAAUAGACUAACAUUGCAAUAAUCCCGGUCUGUCUGACAUUAUUGGCUUGCCUUCACAGAGGAAAAGUGGAGCCACAGUGCCUUCUUUUGUCAACCGUAUCCCUAGCAACGACAUUCCGCCCACCCUGAUAAGGACCAACAAGUUCACCUCAGGCUUCCAGAACAUAGUGGAGGCCUAUGGAGUGGGCAACUAUAGAGAGGUUAACCCAGGUACUGUAAGACCUCGUCAGUCAAUGACCACUGAUUACUACAUUUAGGAAUCUAUCAUUAGGCUUACGGUUUUUCUGUUUUCUGUUUGUUUGCUAUGUGUAUGAGCCACAUGCCCAUAGCCAAAGACACACUUCCACCCUAAACAUGAAUGGACAAUAACGUUUUGAACUUGAGGGAUAGUUGAAUGUGUAUAUGGAAUAUGAUGUCCUGUUUUGUCUAUUGUCUAACAGCUCCUUACACAGUCAUCACCUUCCCCUUCCUGUUUGCUGUGAUGUUUGGAGACCUGGGCCAUGGUGUGAUCAUGGCUCUGUUUGCUCUCUGGAUGGUGCUGUAUGAGGACAACCGCAAACUGAAGCGCACAAGAAACGAGGUGAGCGGGUCAGGGUGUGUGUCUCAAAUGGCUCCCUAUGUAGUGCACUAGGUUUGACCAGGAAAUGUGGUUAGCUAGAUUCUUUCUCCUACAUUGACAUUGGUGUGUUUGUAUGCUCAGAUCUGGAACACGUUCUUCGAGGGCCGUUACAUAAUCCUGAUGAUGGGCUUGUUCUCGGUCUAUACCGGCCUCAUCUACAACGACUGCUUCUCCAAGUCUCUCAACAUAUUUGGCUCGGGCUGGAGCGUCAACGCCAUGUUUAAAUCUGGAAAGUGGGCUUGGUUAGUACUGUGCUAUAAUCUGUUCUGUACUGUACCCAGGGCUCUAAAUUAACAUUUUUCAUUGGUAGAACUGGUGCUCCCAAUUUUAAAAAAAAGUUAGGAGCACCACAUUAAUUUAGGAGCACCAGAAAAUACUUUUUUUUAAAUUGAUUGAGAUACAGUCUAUAUGAAUUCUAGCUACUUUUGAAGCAUGUUAUGCCCUAUAAACUAAUAUGUAACACUGUAAAUACAGUUGUUUAUUAUAAAAGCGAUACAAAUACCUCUCAUUGAAAUUACAAAGUCAUUUGUGGAAUAUUAGGUUUCUACAUUGUGUAAAAGCACUGUUUUCCUAUUGACAUUGAAAAUUGUACACGGUCUCUUUAAAAAUGUCAGGUUUGUGAUGAUGACAUGCAAGAGAUCUGUCAUUCAUUCAUUGCUAUGGUCAUUGAUCUCCUGAAGAAGCUAUCCCUUUCCCUUUCUUUCUGUGCCCCAGAAUGUUUGGAUAUACUGGUAAAGUUACCAGGUUGUUAGCUAGCUAGCCAAUGAGGUAACACGACUCAACAAAGUGUAAACAAAUGGUUAACCACACGAGAGUAGUUUUAGAACGACCCACUACAUGGUUUAUGAAUGUAAAAUGAGGUCCCGGCGACACGCUAUAGGAAGAUGUUGCGCCGGUAAUAUGGGUCAGAUCUUUUGACCUGGUUGAGCUAGAAGCAAUCUGUUUUCACUGUACUAAUAAUGGUGCAACCAUGACACUAAUGAAUCUGCAAUGGUACAGCGACGCCUUAUCAUUACAACAAUUAGUAUCUGGGAGAUUUUAUUUCAUAGUCGCACGGCGCUCCCAAAAUAAAACUCCUGGUCGCAUAGCAAAAUAUUGUGACGCAUAUGCGACCAAAUUGAUGGUACUUUAGAGCCCUGACUGUACCUGUACAGUAAUAUCUGUUCUUGAGAUUACAGAAUAACAUUACAUCACCUGAUAGCUUGCUCUUUGUUAUAAUUGUGUACUUUGGAAUUUUCUGUAAAAGGGAUUCCACGCUCCGCACCAAUGCCGUUCUGACCCUUGAUCCCAACGUCCCUGGGGUUUUCAAUGGACCCUACCCUUUGGGCAUUGACCCGGUAAGUACAUGGCUUUAUGAUCCAUGGUCAUAAACUGCAUUGUCUCUAUGUUCACUACACACACAAGUACACACAAGUUAUUCCCUGUCCCUUCAUAACCAUACACACUUGCCUCUCACCAACCAUAGCCAAUAAAGUAAAUCAUGGGUCAUUACUCAUUUUCAUAAAACAUUUCUUAUAACAAUAUUUGUUAACAAAACCAUCAAUCUGGCUUGGAUGUAGUCUGUCCAUACCUCAACCUGACGGGGUUAUUUUCCUUGUUUCUGCCACUGUGUAGAUUUGGAACUUGGCGACAAAUCGUCUGACCUUUCUGAACUCCUACAAGAUGAAGAUGUCUGUGAUCGUGGGUAUCAUUCACAUGAGCUUCGGGGUCAUCCUAGGUGUCUUCAACCACCUGUGAGUUACAGCACACACACUCCCAACAAUAUCAGCACUGGAAUGAUAAGAACUCUAUAAGAUUAUGGCCAAUUUAAAGAUACAGAAUGUAGUCCUCUGAAUCCUGAAAGCUCGGUUUGUCUGUUCAGGCACUUUAAUGCCCUGUUUGUGUUUGUGUGUCUAUGCAGGCACUUUAAAGCCCUGUUUGUGUUUUUGUGUCUAUGCAGGCACUUUAAAGCCCUGUUUGUGUUUGUGUGUCUAUGCAGGCACUUUAAAGCCCUGUUUGUGUUUGUGUGUCUAUGCAGGCACUUUAAAGCCCUGUUUGUGUUUGUGUGUCUAUGCAGGCACUUUAAAGCCCUGUUUGUGUUUGUGUGUCUAUGCAGGCACUUUAAAGCCCUGUUUGUGUUUGUGUGUCUAUGCAGGCACUUUAAAGCCCUGUUUGUGUUUGUGUGUCUAUGCAGGCACUUUAAAGCCCUGUUUGUGUUUGUGUGUCUAUGCAGGCACUUUAAAGCCCUGUUUGUGUUUGUGUGUCUAUGCAGGCACUUUAAAGCCCUGUUUGUGUUUGUGUGUCUAUGCAGGCACUUUAAAGCCCUGUUUGUGUUUGUGUGUCUAUGCAGGCACUUUAAAGCCCUGUUUGUGUUUGUGUGUCUAUGCAGGCACUUUAAAGCCCUGUUUGUGUUUGUGUGUCUAUGCAGACACUUCAGAAAGAAGUUCAACCUGUACUUAGUAUUCCUCCCGGAGCUGCUGUUCCUGCUGUGUUUGUUUGGCUACCUGGUCUUCAUGAUCAUCUACAAGUGGCUGGCCUUCUCUGCCCGCGACUCCCAGAUGGCCCCCAGCAUCCUCAUCCACUUCAUCAACAUGUUCCUCAUGCAGGGGGACGGGGUGCCACCCCUCUUCCCAGGACAGGUACAAAGAUGGGGAUCACACACUGGCUGCACACUAUUCCCUAUAUAGUGCACUACUAUAGGGCCCUGGUCAAAAGUAGUGCACUGUAUAGGGAAUAGUGUGCCAUUUUGGGACACACCCACUGGGAAAAGGGAGUGGUUUUCCCAGUGGGUGUGAAGACAACCUGCUCCAAAGAUACUUCAGUGAGACUGUAACAGACCUGUAUGUUGUUUCCCUCUGCUACUGUAGGUUGGGCUGCAGGUGUUCCUGGUGGUCAUUGCUCUACUAUCAGUGCCUGUCUUACUGCUGGGGAAACCAGUUUACCUCUACUGGCUGCACAACGGAGGAGCCAACCUCAUGGGAAUGUACAGGGUGAGGCUUUGGGUGUGUCUGUUUCUGACCUCAGAGUCAUGUGCAUGUAUGUGUAGUGUGUCCAUAUAUGAGUCUGUUAUGGUUGUAACAGUCUAUGGUGGUGUGUAGUCUGUUUAUAGGAGUGUGCUCUGGUUGUAACAUGCAGAGUGUGUGUGUGUGUGUCUCCCUCCCCAGGGUUAUGAGCGUGUGCGGCGGCACAGCGAGGAAGAGCUUUCCCUGAUGAGGGCUCAUGACAUGGAGGAGGGCAGUGUCCACAGUGACCUCUCCACCAGCAGAGAGCACCAGAAAGAGGAGGUUAGCUGAUUCAGUCAUCAGUACACUAUGGGUACUAGGGUUGAAUGGCGGGAACCCAGUUACCGAGAUGUACCGGGAUUUACCGCCCAAAGCCACUCCCAUUUCCCAGGAUAAAUAACUGCGAGAAACCGGUAAAUUAUAAUAAAUGAUUAAUAUGAACAGCAUGGCGUUAAAUUAUAUGCGAUGUCUAAAUCUGGCUUCUCUAUGGCCUCAUGAUGAAUCAAUGCUCAUGGUGGGGACAGACAGCCCAUCUCAGUAUGGAGCGCAGUUCACAAUGCAUGUAGACCUACGUAUCAUCUCAUCAUGGUAACUGUUUUUCUUGUGACAGGUAGGUCUACAUUUGAUACAGCAUAGCCUAUGCUACAGUAAUAUAAAGACCGAAUGCGCGUUUAAUUUACCCAUCUCCAUCUGGCAUUCAUGGGUCACCUUUUUUAAAUUGUAAAUAUAUAUAUAUUUUUUGCAGCUGCGGAGUUUUAAAACAGCCUAUCACUUGAGUAUCGUUGCUUUAUAUCCGUGUACACGAAAGCACUCUCUUCCAGUCUUUCUCUCUCCAUCAACUCCAUUCAAAUUGCAUUCCAAAAUACAUAAUCCUGUUCAAGAUUGAUAUAUAUACAGUGGGGAAAAAAAGUAUUUAGUCAGCCACCAAUUGUGCAAGUUCUCCCACUUAAAAAGAUGAGAGAGGCCUGUAAUUUUCAUCAUAGGUACACAUCAACUAUGACAGACAAAAUGAGAAAAAAAAAUCCAGAAAAUCACAUUGUAGGAUUUUUAAUGAACAUAUUUGCAAAUUAUGGUGGAAAAUAAGUAUUUGGUCAAUAACAAAAGUUUCUCAAUACUUUGUUAUAUACCCUUUGUUGGCAAUCACACAGGUCAAACGUUUUCUGUAAGUCUUCACAAGGUUUUCACACACUGUUGCUGGUAUUUUGGCCCAUUCCUCCAUGCAGAUCUCCUCUAGAGCAGUGAUGUUUUGGGGCUGUCGCUGGGCAACACAGACUUUCAACUCCCUCCAAAGAUUUUCUAUGGGGUUGAGAUCAGGAGACUGGCUAGGCCACUCCAGGACCUUGAAAUGCUUCUUACGAAGCCACUCCUUCAUUGCCCGGGCGGUGUGUUUGGGAUCAUUGUCAUGCUGAAAGACCCAGCCACGUUUCAUCUUCAAUGCCCUUGCUGAUGGAAGGAGGUUUUCACUCAAAAUCUCACGAUACAUGGCCCCAUUCAUUCGUUCCUUUACACGGAUCAGUCGUCCUGGUCCCUUUGCAGUAAAACAGCCCCAAAGCAUGAUGUUUCCACCCCCAUACUUCACAGUAGGUAUGGUGUUCUUUGGAUGCAACUCAGCAUUCUUUGUCCUCCAAACACGACGAGUUGAGUUUUUACCAAAAAGUUGUAUUUUGGUUUCAUCUGACCAUAUGACAUUCUCCCAAUCCUCUUCUGGAUCAUCCAAAUGCACUCUAGCAAACUUCAGACAGGCCUGGACAUGUACUGGCUUAAGCAGGCGGACACGUCUUGCACUGAAGGAUUUGAGUCCCUGGUGGCGUAGUGUGUUACUGAUGGUAGGCUUUGUUACUUUGGUCCCAGCUCUCUGCAGGUCAUUCACUAGGUCCCCCCGUGUGGUUCUGGGAUUUUUGCUCACCGUUCUUGUGAUCAUUUUGACCCUACGGUGUGAGAUCUUGCGUGGAGCCCCAGAUCGAGGGAGAUUAUCAGUGGUCUUGUAUGUCUUCCAUUUCCUAAUAAUUGCUCCCACAGUUGAUUUCUUCAAACCAAGCUGCUUACCUAUUGCAGAUUCAGUCUUCCCAGCCUGGUGCAGGUCUACAAUUUUGUUUCUGGUGUCCUUUGUCAGCUCUUUGGUCUUGGCCAUAGUGGAGUUUGGAGUGUGACUGUUUGAGGUUGUGGACAGGUGUCUUUUAUACUGAUAACAAGUUCAAACAGAUGCCAUUAAUACAGGUAACGAGUGGAGGACAGAGGAGCCUCUUAAAGAAGAAGUUACAGGUCUGUGAGAGCCAGAAAUCUUGCUUGUUUGUAGGUGACCAAAUACUUAUUUUCCACCAUAAUUUGCAAAUAAAUUCAUUAAAAAUCCUACAAUGUGAUUUUCUGGAUUUUUUUUUCUCAAUUUGUCUUUCAUAGUUGACAUGUACCUAUGAUGAAAAUUACAGGCCUCUCUCAUCUUUUUAAGUGGGAGAACUUGCACAAAUAGUGGCUGACUAAAUACUUUUUUUCCCCACUGUAUAUAUAUAUAUAGCCCUAUAUAUAUGUCCUAGCCUACCUCUUUCAGGUAAUAAAUUCAAUGCAGUAUUAGCCUUAUAUUUAGCUAAUUAAUGAUGGGUUAUGCAUAAUAAGCUUCUAACUUAUAGCCUCUGUCUCUUGCGCAAUACGUAAGCACCUGUGCUCCGGUGGGCUUUCUCCUUAAUAAACGCUCCGUAGCUCUUGGAGUCCCAUGCAGGAAAAGCUAGACUAGAAUAGCUUGCUGGACAUUAUUUUUGUAGCAUUUCUUAUACCCAAUAGACUAUUCGAAGAGGGACGCAAGCUCUUUUUUGCUGAAUGUUAAAUACAGCAGCCAAUAGAACUCACAGGUAGUUUGAAAGAAGAGCGAACGCGGGAUGGCGGUAGGCUAUAGCAGUUAUUUAUUCAGACCCAUAACCAUUAAAUCUUUGUCAUCUAAUUCUAGUCCUAUAUUAUUCAAGGAUGUCAUUAGAAUGAUGAAGAUAAGGAAAACGAAACUUAUGUCAUGACGUGCCUUUCAUUAUUGUGAUGACUAUUAUUUAUUGAAUGAUUACCUACUAUGUUUAAUUGUUACUAGAUUAAAUUAAUCAUGUAACAAUUAACUCAUUAGGAAUUUGGGGCACCACGGGAAAAGUUGUUUAACAAGUUACCGUUUCCCGAAUUAACUAUAAAGAUAUCUAUAUAUCUCUUAUCAUUUAACAGUCAUUUAUUAAUCAUUUACCUCAUAUCAGUCUCAUUCUGAAAGUUGUAGGCUCCUUAAGUCUGCACGAACCCGGGUCUUACUGAUUAUUUCAUACCACACAAAUUGAUUUAAUUAUUUAUUUACUAACUAAUAAAAAAUGAUAACACAAGAUACAUACACGGUAUAGGUAGGGAUUAGAAACUUAAUACAAUGAAAACGGGUCCCUAGCGGACUAACACAAUAUGACACUUGUUAGAAAAGAUGGCGAGUUAAAGAGAGCGAGAGAGAAAAACACUUGGAUACACAUGGACCUACGCUCAAAGUAAUCCUAAUAUUUUGCCAAGAACUGCCGCCCGUUUGGUAAGAAGUAAUGCAUGUAUUUACGUGUUUGUCUUCGAUUGUUAGUUGAGGCAACUUUGUCGUCUUCACCUCGUUGAUUUUCAGGGUCAGAACCAAUAUGGACAAAAGCUACAGCUUGAGGUCCGUCUAGUCUGAUCUGAUCAUUCUUAUCUCAGUGUUUUAUGCACUCUGGUAAAGAGGGGCAUUUCCGUCAUACUGACACGCUCUCUGAGCUCCCUCGGGCGUGGCUAGUUACGAGGCAAAAGUAUUAUCAUCACUAUGAUUUUGUUAGAAAGCUAAAAUCACAUUCCUAUCUUCACGAAAACAUUGUCUUCCUCCUUGAUAUUUUCUACCCAAGUUAAAGGAUGUAAGCCUGAUAUCCACAGUGUAAAAGCUCUUCAAGUCACAAUGUUUUCCUUAUAACGCCUUUAUACAAUUUUUUAUGACAUCACAAAAUAGACGUUAAUUUUCCAUAUUCCAUUUCUCAUCAUUCCCAACGUUUGGAUGUUGAAAUAUAUUGUCCCAAUGUUCAUUGUUGGAUGUUGGAGUUUUUGGGCGGCAAAAGUCUCUGAAACAAAGGACAUUCCUUUCACCAUACUAGAGGGCCAGAGAUAGAUUCUCCUAUCUCAAAUGUAUGACAGUAUUAAGAUGUCAAGACCGGUACAGCCACUCCAGGACCUUAAUGUGCUUCUUCUUGAGCCACUCCUUUGUUGAAUACCCAUCCACAACCCAUUUUCAAUGCCCUGGCUGAGGGACGGAGGUUCUCACCCAAGAUUUGACGGUACAUGGCCCCGUCCAUCGUCCCUUUGAUGCGGUGAAGUUGUCCUGUCCCCUUAGCAGAAAAACACCCCCAAAGCAUAAUGUUUCCACCUCCAUGUUUGACGGUGGGGAUGGUGUUGGGGUCAUAGGCAGUAUUCCUCCUCCUCCAAACACGGUGAGUUGAGUUGAUGCCAAAGAGCUCGAUUUUGGUCUCAUCUGACCACAACACUUUCACCCAGUUCUUCAAUCUGAAUCAUUCAGAUGUUCAUUGGCAAACUUCAGACGGCCCUGUAUAUGUGCUUUCUUGAGCAGGGGGACCUUGCGGGCGCUGCAGGAUUUCAGUCCUUCACAGUGUUACCAAUUGUUUUCUUGGUGACUAUGGUCCCAGCUGCCUUGAGAUCAUUGACAAGAUCCUCCCGUGUAGUUCUGGGCUGAUUCCUCACUGUUCUCAUGAUCAUUGCAACUCCACGAGGUGAGAUCUUGCAUGGAGCCCCAGGCCGAGGGAGAUUGACAGUUAUUUUGUGUUUCUUCCAUUUGCGAAUAAUCGCACCAACUGUUGUCACCUUCUCACCAAGCUGCUUGGUGAUGGUCUUGUAGCCCAUUCCAGCCUUGUGUAGGUCUACAAUCUUGUCCCUGACAUCCUUGGAGAGCUCUUUGGUCUUGGCCAUGGUGGAGAGUUUGGAAUCUGAUUGAUUGAUUGCUUCUGUGGACAGGUGUCUUUUAUACAGGUAACAAGCUGAGAUUAGGAGCACUCCCUUUAAGAGUGUGCUCCUAAUCUCAGCUCGUUACCUGUAUAAAAGACACCUGGGAGCCAGAAAUCUUUCUGAUUGAGAUGGGGUCAAAUACUUAUUUCCCUCAUUAAAAUGCAAAUCAAUUUAUAACAUUUUUGACAUGCGUUUUUCUGGAUUUUGUUGUUGUUAUUCUGUCUCUCACUGUUCAAAUAAACCUACCAUUAAAAUUAUAGACUGAUCAUUUCUUUGUCAGUGGGCAAAUGUACAAAAUCAGCAGGGGAUCAAAAAAAAUUUUCCCUCACUGUAGCUACAUCUAUGGGCUUUUAUGUUUUUCUGUUGUGCAUAAUGUGCAGUAGCCCAUAUAUGUAUCGGAUAACGGCACAGUAAUUUUUUUUUUUUGGGGGGGGGAUUGGGCUCAUUUAAAUGUCGUUAAUGUAGGGCUCAUAAAAUAUACCUAAUAUAUGUCUCAUCAGGCUCAGGUAGCAUCAGGUUUGUAUUUUCAUGCUGAUCAAAGCGCUAAUCAAAUCCAGACAAAUUGAAAUGCUUUAUAAUGCUUUUGAAUGACACUUCCGGAUUUGGCGGGAAAUACCGGGUUACCCGGAAGAAAAUUUGUAAAAUACCGGGAAAAUAUUCAACCCCAAUGGGUACUGAAAGUAAUUGGUCCUUCUGUCUGUGUUUUUUCCAGUUUGACUUUGGGGAUGUUUUCCUGCACCAGUCUAUUCACACCAUAGAGUACUGCCUGGGCUGCAUCUCCAACACAGCCUCCUACCUGCGCCUCUGGGCUCUGAGUCUGGCACAUGCCCGUGAGUAUCACCACACCACACAUAAACAAAAAAAUAUUUCUGAUGGAUGAGCGUUUAAAGUUUAUUUUAUUGUGAGAGAGGACCACAUUGGAAAUAAGCCUUUAGGUUUAAUUGUGUUUUAACUUCUGUUUUUUAAAAUAAAUCUUUGUAAUGUUGUCUCUGACUGGAGAAGCCUUCUUUUUAAUUAUGAAUUAAAUGAAUCAGAGACUGUGAGAUGUGACUGUGUUUGUUUGUCCUUGCUCCCCCAGAGCUGUCGGAGGUGCUGUGGUCCAUGGUGAUGCGGGUGGGCCUGCGGAUGGACACCAGUCUGGGCAUCAUGUUUCUGGUGCCAGUGUUUGGGAUAUUCGCCGUGCUCACUGUGUCUAUCCUCCUGGUUAUGGAGGGACUGUCUGCCUUCCUUCAUGCUCUCAGGCUGCACUGGUUGGUUACUUACUAGACUUGCAGAAUUGACAGAGUGAAGGACAGGAAAUCUGUGUAAAAAUGCAACAUAUCACGCCUUUAUAAUGCUUUGGUUAAUGCUUACUCUAUAUUCCGUGAUCUCUGUUCUGUCUCCACAGGGUGGAGUUCCAAAAUAAGUUCUACAGUGGGACUGGAAUCAAGUUUGUUCCCUUUGCCUUCUCCCUCCUGCCCUCCAGCUUUGAGCAUGAUGGCUUGCUGUGA